UUUGAGACGAUUGAGUCGCAGACGAGCACUACCGGUGCGGUCGAUAUCAUCACCGAUACCACGAAUGAGAGGCCGAAACCGGACGCGAGGAUCAAAGACAUUGAGAUCAAAAAUAAUAAUAAGAAUUGUAACCGGGUCAAGUGUUUGUGGCCGGGCUGUUCACUGGAAUUCCGCGACAAAUACAACCUAUCGGUACAUAUGGUGAGACAUACGGGCGAGAAGUCCUUCCACUGCCGGAGUGCCGGCUGUCAGAAGACGUACGCGACGAAAGCGGCGCUCGACGUCCACUACAACACCCACUCAGACAACCGGCGCUUCAAAUGUACAUUUAGGUAA